AUGGGCCAGAAGGUCUCACACGAGGACAACCAGAACAAGGCUGAACCUCUAGUCAGCUGUGAAGUCUUCAACCAAGACAUGGUCCAUGCAUCUCAAAGGGUGAAGUCCUAUCUUGGUUUUUUUGUGGAUCUGGCCAAAUUCCAGCUAGCCACAAACAUGCUGCACAAGAUCUUUUUGGUCAACUUCAUCAGCUUCUGCAUGGAAAAGGGAGUUGAGGAAUGUAUCAUGACCAGCAAAAUGACCAAGCAGCAGUCCUCCCUAUUUGGGGUAAACUGGAUCUGGACUCUGUCUGGAGCUGACAAGCAAAUCACACCGCUCGCCAUGCAAGUUUUACAGCUGGGUGAGCUUUUCCGCAGCCAAGGCAGCCCUACUGAGGCAGUGGAAGACUGCUGCCAGGAAGCCACGCUGGCAGACGAGCGCUUCCAAAACAGGAACAGGUUUGAGAAGCUGGCAGAGUUCUGCCGCCUGGUGGGACAGGACUGCCUGGGCCUGGUGAUCACAUUUGGUGUGCCAGGGAAGCCCAAGGACAUCCGAGGAGUCAUGCUAGACAGCAUUGCCAAGGAGGAGCAAAAAUGCCGCCUGUCAGGGAGGACUGUGCUACGGCAAUUUGUCACCAGUACUGACAGCUUCCUGCCCACAAAAGACAUGUUGGAAAACUGCCUCAGUGCAAAAAAAAAAAAAAAAAAAAGAAAAAAAAGAUGGAAGGAGGUGGGCAAUGUGUACAUAAACCUUCUGUAA